AUGUCGUCCUCCCGUGUGGUGCUGGACUCCAACAACCUGUUCCUCCUCCCGUACAACGACGGCACCGUCCUGGUGGUCGAACCGGACCAGAAGGACCUCAACAGCCAGACCAUAACAACCGACAUGGUCUCGUGGAGGCAAGCGGGUCGGGUCGGGAGCAAACCCGUGUGCACCCACCGCGAGCUGGAAGUGUUCGGCGUCGUGAUCACCGGCGCCAAGCUCGUCGAGCUGUCCAACGAGCUCGUCAGGAUCCAGGCCCUGAUCAACAGGGAAGGGUUCACGGUCAUGUACUUCAACGUCGGCGGCAAGGACAUGUAUCUGAAGCCGGGGAGUUUGGUGCGGCGGCUCAACGACUUGUUUGACUGGUCAAAGUACGGCGUCGUGGUGCCGACUCCGGUCGGGACGGAGUGGGACCGGUUCCAGCAGGUGGCCGGCGGGAAGGUGAUGGUGUCCGGGAAGGGAGUGGCGAAGUUGAAGGCCGGAGUGGAGGAGGUGGAGAAGGCGUUGGUGGUGGUGAAGCAGAUGGUCGCCAAGCUCAAGGUUGCCCUCCAGGCCUUCAUCUGA